AUGUCGGAGCCUACGGAACCGGUUGGAUACAUUAGCCCGAAGGAUUCCGUAGUCAUUAUCGCUGACCUCUAUCGCGGUGGAGCCAAUAGCAAGGACGGGCAAAGUGUUACCAUCGAAAUCACGAAAGACGAAGAGGCUCUGUUCAACCUUUUGAAAGAAUGUGCGGUUUAUAAUAGUUUAAGUAUGGAUUUCAGAGUUGCGGGUGGUUGGGUAAGAGAUAAGCUCCUGAAACUCGAGAGCAAGGAUAUAGAUAUUGCAUUGGAACAGAUGACUGGUGUUGAGUUUUGUAACUAUCUCAACGCAUUCACCGAAAAGCACAUGGGAUUCUACAAAACAGUGGGUGUGGUGAAGCGUAGGCCGGAACAAUCAAAGCAUCUAGAAACAGCGACUCUAUCUAUCCUCGGAUUGAACGUUGAUUUUGUUAAUCUGAGAAGUGAGGAUUAUGCAGACGACAGUCGGAUACCGAUUAUGAGGAUAGGAUCUCCAUCUGAAGACGCAAUGCGCAGGGACUUCACUAUCAACUCGCUGUUCUAUAACAUUUCAAAAAAUGCAAUCGAAGAUUACACUGGCAAAGGCAUCGAUGACCUUAAAUCACGAAUUAUACGCACGUGCUCUCCUGCAUUUGGUACCUUCAUGGAUGAUCCUUUAAGGGUUAUCAGGGCAGCUCGAUUCAGCGCAAGACUGGGAUACAAAUUGGACGAGGAUAUUUGGACUGCCAGUUCGCACCCGUCAAUUCUGAAUCAAUUGGCUAACAAAGUGGCCAAGCCAAGAAUCGCUCAAGAACUCGACGACAUGCUUACCAGAGGUGAUGUCACGAAAGCCUUCGAAACAAUGAACCUCUGGGGUGUAUUACCUUAUUUGGUUAGGGAGCAACAAUGUAAGCUGUCCUGUUUUUCUUCUAAUAGCGCAGGUGACUCGCCAAGUGAUCAGCAGAUCAGCGUUGGAUGCAAAAUCAUGGCGUUGGUGCGAGAUUGCCUGGGAAACGUUGGUUGGAAUAAUAUAGAUCGCAAACUUCUAUAUCUUUCUGCUUUUUGUUUUCCUCUUAGCAGUGAACCGCCCGUUGGGAAGUGUACGUACAUAGAACACGUUAUUAAGUGUCGUCUCAAACUUCCUAAUAAAUUGGCAUCCGGAGCGAAAACCAUAGUAGAAGGAAGCGAAGAGCUCGCUGAACUGGUCAACGGCCUACCCUCAAACACGGAAGACCUACGAGAAACGCUAGGGACCGCGAUACGCCACAUAGGGCCGCUCUGGAGGGUUAAAUUCCGUGUUAACAAAUCAUAG